AUGGCGUCCUCGGCGGAUGUCGGCUCCGGGCCACCUCAAAAGAUCCGCUUACGUUUUACAGUUGAAACCGAUGAACUCGGCGAAGAUGAAGCUCUUUUCGUUGUCGGAUCCGUGCCCGAGCUCGGCAUGUGGGAGCCGGCAGAUGCUCUUGCUUUGCUGCGGUGCCCAGACACGCGCCGCUGGAUUGGUUCCAUCGAGACCUCGGAGAUCGAGGUGAAGUUCCGCUACUUCUCUGCUUACAACCUAUGCUCCGAGACGGCAACUCGUUUGAUUGUUUCACGCUGGGAAUCUUUUUUGCAACCCCGUUCGUGCAUGAUGCAGAUUGCGGCUCGGGAUGGCGAAGCCCGCGCUCAAGUCGUCGACAUUUUCGGGUUUUAUGCUGGCCGGCGCCUCUUAUCGGAUGGCUGGCUUCAGUAUGAGGACGAAAAUGCUGUUUUCAUCAGAAUUCACGGGAAAGCGCUGAAGUUUUACAACAAGCAAGAGCGCAAGAACUGCCAGAUCAAAUGCACACCGCUCGAUGUGCGAAGAAAAAUGGCGCCCUCGACCUUGCCGGCUUCAGCAGCGGUGGAUGAGGAAAUGGACGACGAUAGCAAUGAUAUGCCACUGACCGAUUAUCCAUCUCAUUCGGUUUCCCUUGUCGCUGUCCUUUCCUCUGAUAAGUCAAGCUUCCGCCGGCAGAAGGAGCAGGGUGUUGUAUUCAACAACUUGAAGGACUAUGUCGUAUUCAAGACGCAUUCGGUCGCUGUUGAUUACUUGGCCUUUCUUCUCGAGGUCUUCUCCGAGGAGGGAAAACGCAUCGGCGCCUGCUACGCCAUGCCCGCCUCGCUAGAAGACACCUUUGGUCGCACGGGCCUCCCGAUCGUCAACAGCCAGCUCCGUCCAAUUGGCCAAAUCAUGGUUGAGUACCUCUUCGUGCGCAAUUUGCGCCGUCCGCACCUGUCGCAAACGAUGGAGGUCAGCUUCUGCCAUCACUGGAAGAAGCGCGGUGCGAUCGAGGUCGGCCAUCGUGGCAUGGGCAAUUCGUAUACAAAAAUGGCUCAAGUCCGCGAGAACACCGUGCAUUCCCUGAAUCAGGCAGCGCGAAACGGAGCCGAUUUUGUCGAAUUUGACGUGCAGAUGACCAAGGAUAAGAAAGCCGUAAUCUACCACGAUUUCCACGUGCUCGUUUCUGUGGCAAAACGACUUUCGGCGGACGUGGAUUUGGACACUCUUGAUGACGAUGACCUCAAAAAGCUCGACUUCCAAGAGAUGCCCCUCAAAGACCUGAAGCUCAGCCAGCUACGGCUGUUGAUGAUGAAUCACCUGAAGUACGACAAAAUCGCCGAAGCCAAGAAGCUGUGCGGCGACGAUUUUGAGGAGGCUGACCAUCGCCCAUUUCCACUGCUUUCGGAUGCGCUUGUUCGCGUAGAUAUCGACGUCGGCUUCAACAUUGAAGUGAAGUACCCUAUGAUGCAGGCGGACGGAACCCACGAAUGCGACAACUAUUUCGAGCGCAACGAAUUUGUGGACUACGUCUUGGCUGAUGUUCUAAAGUACGCCGGACAGCGCCGAAUCAUGUUCAGCUCGUUCGAUCCGGACAUUUGCUCACUCAUCGCCCUGAAGCAGAACCGAUACCCGUGCUCUUUCCUUUGCAUCGGCGACACGCAACGCUACGUUCCAUUUACGGACCAGCGUACGUCGACGUCGAUGACGGCCGUCAACUUCGCUUCUGGCAUUGAUUUGCUGGGAGUCAACUUCAACAGCGAAGAUUUGCUCAAGGACCCACUGCCCGUGCUUCGCGCCAACGAGCUUGGCUUGGUGACAUUCGUCUGGGGCGACGACCUGGACCGCAAGGACAUUUGCCAUUACUUCAAGCGAGAAUUAGGUGUCGAUGGCGUCAUCUACGACAGAAUUGGCGAAGAGGAGCGCCGGCGUAACGUAUUUAUUGUGGAGCGCGAGCAGAAGCGGGCCUUGUUCAAAUAUGAAACGGGUGGCCAGGCCAGCGGAAGCUCGACGCCCAGGGCUCGAUCGCCCGACUCGGGCAUGGGCCAGUUCAACCUCAGCACCGGCAGCUUUGUUUCUGGUAUCUUU